ACUGUGAUAUUGGCAUUGACGGCAGGGCAACAUAAACACAAUAAUUCUCCGAACAAAAACGCAAAAGAGGAGUAUGGCAUAGAAUUUGUUACAAGUGGUACAAAUGACCCCGUGUGGACCAUACAGAAAAAUAACCAAGUCGUUAAGUUGAUUAAUGAUUAUGUAAAGACAAACCAAAAUAAAGUGCUUAAUGGAAACGGUUACAAAGGCUACAAGGUCAAUCAUAAAGUUGGAGGUGUUUUGCAACACACCUGGAUAAUUCCAAGAUGUGGCAGCCCAACUUUAGAAAAACAAAUUUACCAAACAGCCCCAGCCACGACACCGCGCCAGUAUGAAGUCAGCUUGGACGCAGCAUUGAACCUAUGUCCGAAACCUGCUCCGGGGCGGAAAUGAAUGUAGACAUUUGACAAAUGAUCGUGAUUACUUAAAAACAGGAAGUGAAUAUCUUCUCAACAUGCGCAUGCGUUCUAUUGUUUGUUCAUACUGUUUAUUUCUAAAAGUUCUUUUGCUAUAACUUUACACGUUAGCAGAAUAAAAUGUUACAUUUUCAAACAGUCA